AUGUCUAGGUCCCCCCUUUUCUUUUUUCAAAAUUUUGUCGUCUUCCCCCUCCUCGUCAUCCCUGCCCCUUUUCAAAAAGAAGAUCUAGAUGGAGGCGUUCAGGCUGCAUUUCCACUUCUUCCACUGGUUGUUGCCAUUGUUGGAAGAAAUGAGGAAAACUUAAAGCAAGUUUUUGCAGAGUGCAAAAAUAAUGGAAGAAAGUAUCUGAUGAUUGUGGCAGAUUUAGUAAAAGAAGAAGAUGUAAAAAGAACUCUAGACAACACCAUUUCAUGUUUUGGUCAACUGAAUAUUUUGGUGAACUGUGCUGGGAUCUUAGCCUUUGGAACUAUUGAAACAACCUCUUUAGAACAAUAUGAUAAGGUAUUUGGCAUUAAUGUAAGCAUGUCAAAAAGUGCUCUUGAUAAACUGACAAAAUGUACUGCAUUAGAAUUGGCUUCAAAACAGGUUCGUGUGAACAGUGUCAACCCUGGUGUGAUAAUAACUGAAAUUCAUAAAAGAGCUGGUUUGGAUGAUGAAGCUUAUGCUAAGUUUUUAGAGAGAAGCAAGGAAACACAUGCACUCGGUCGUCCUGGAGAAUGUGAUGAAGUGGCUAAAACAAUUGUUUUCUUAGCAUCAGAUGAAAGCUCUUUCAUAACAGGAGCUUUGAUUCCAGUGGAUGGUGGGAAACAUGUGAUGUGUCCAAGAUAA